UCAAUGAAGCCAGUCAAACAAACGGGGCUGGGCAGUCCAAGUUGGGACAAUCUACGGAGGUUUCUGUGGCCGCUGUAGUCGACGACAAUAAGGAUAUAUAUACAGCUAAUAUGAAUACAAUUCUAUUUUUGUGUCCUUCAGCGGAGUAAGGAGGAUAUCCAUGAACCAAAACACUUUCUUCUUAUACCAGGAGUUGGAUGCAUUUCGCUAGUGAAUUUUUUUUUCGCUAAACUGAGAAAAGAAACUGCCCUCUCUAUUUAAAUUGAGGAUGAUUUUUGCCAAUUCCGGAAACCCACCAAGGACUCCGUAUCGCAAACAGCCACCUGUUGCUCCGUCGUCACACCCCAUGGCUCCACCCAGCCCCAGCAACAACAACUGCAGCAGCAGCAGCAGCAGCAACGCAGGCUGGGACCAGCUCAGCAAAACCAACCUGUACAUCCGAGGCCUGGCCCCUUCCACCACGGACCAUGACCUGGUCAAGCUCUGUCAGCCGUAUGGCAGAAUCGUAUCAACAAAGGCCAUCAUGGACAAGACGACAAACAAAUGCAAAGGAUACGGCUUUGUGGACUUCGACAGCCCCGCCGCCGCUCAGAAAGCCGUGGCUGCCCUGAAGACCACUGGUGUCCAAGCUCAAAUGGCAAAGCAACAAGAACAAGACCCGACAAACUUGUACAUCUCCAACUUGCCCACGUCUGUGGACGAGCAGGAACUGGAGAUCAUGCUGAAGCACUUCGGACAGGUCAUAUCCACACGCAUCUUGAGGGACUCCAGUGGAGGCAGCAGAGGCGUGGGCUUCGCCAGGAUGGAGUCAACUGAAAAAUGCGACGCAGUCAUUUCUCACUUCAAUGGAAAGUUCAUUAAGAUGGCCGCAGGUGCUCCAGCACCCUCUGAACCUUUGCUGUGCAAGUUUGCUGAUGGUGGACAGAAAAAGCGACAAAGUCAAAACAAAUUUGCCCUGAAUGGUCGCGGUUGGGGACGGGACGGAGACAACAGAUUGGCAGGAAUGACGCUCACUUAUGACCCCAGUGCAGCUGCUAUGCAAAAUGGAUUUUUCCCACCAGCGUACAGCAUCUCAAACCGGAUGAUCGCUCAAACGUCCAUGUCUCCUUACAUGUCUCCGCUUUCGGCCUACCAGGUGCAGAACCCAUCAUGGGUGUCCCAUCAACCCUACAUCAUGCAGCACCCAGGUACAGUGCUAUCGCCCUCUAUGGACCCGUCUAUGUCCCUACAGCCCACUUCUAUGAUGGCCCCGCUUGCGCAGCAGAUGAGUCAUCUUUCUCUGGGCAGUGCAGGAACGUUCCUGGCCGCCAACGCAGCCAUGCAAGGGGCAUACAUGCCACAGUACGCACACAUGCAGACGUCAAACGUUCCUGUCGAGGAAAACGGUGCACAGUCACAAAUGGAUUCAUCCGGCAAUCAUUCCCCGUAUUCCUACCAGCAAACAAAGUAGGGCUGAGGUAACAUUUGGACAACCGCUAAAAACAAUCAUGUCUACAAAGGCAACGGAUGCUAAGGAUCUUUUUUUCACUGUUUUGCACAGGUUCUGCAAACUUGAGUGAAACUAUUUUGGUGACGUUUUCAUAAAGAAUAUCUAAGUUCAUUCACUUCAAAUUAUGAGAAUACAUAUGUCUAUAUUUUCAUAUAAUAGAUAUAUGUAUUUGUGUGAUUUGAAAAAGGUUUAUUUUCUUACUUCGAAAAACAUUUAUUUUUUAAUCAAGGCUUGCCGCAAGAUACAUGGAAGAAUCAUGUGACUAGUUGUUCAAAGUGCAUUGUAGUAAAUAUGUCUUUUGUUAAUAUUUCAAGAUUUUUUUUUUUUAUUCCGAGGACUUUUUUCAGCCAAACCUUUUUGAAGAUGAUGUUUUUGUGCUUGCUGUGUGAGUGUUGCUAUGGUGAAGUGUUGUGUGUUGUUUUCUUGUUAAGUGAUUUAUCUUAGUAGUUUGAUCUUGCUGUCCAAGUAUAAUUUGCCUUCAUAUUUUUAAUACAGUAGUUGUACAGAACAUUGCAGAGUGCAACAAUAGGCAAAGCAACUGUUGCCCAGGUAACGAGGACUUUUUAAUGAAAUCAAUGUACUAUUGCUUUUCCCCUCCAAACUGAUAAAAAAGUAGAAUACAUAUUAGGAAAUCAUUUUAAAUGAAAUUACUUCAUGAUUUUAUUGAAGGUAAUAUUUAUUUAGUAAGAAGACCGUUUAUGUUUCUGGAUGUUGGAAUGUGUUUUUGAAUCUGAAUGAGAGACCUUUUCGAUUACUUGGUAUUGUAGUAGAGUUGAUAUUGAAAUUGGUGGGCUGGGGGCUGAGAAAGGGCAAAUUAAUUUUGUCUGUUUGUUUUAGUCUUUUUGGGUGAUGUUAUUUUAAUGGGGUUUGUCUUUUUUCACUUUUAACUGAACAGCUAACAGGAAAACUUUGACUUACGAUUGUGCAAAAUGAAUAAAUAAACUCAUCAAAGCCUUGAAAAUAGAUUUUAGGGAAAAGUUCAGCGAGUUGGGGGAUUAAAUGAGAGGAAUAUGUAUAUUUUAUUACACCUCAAUCUCGACAGGAAAUAAAACAAACUAGGCACUUUCAAAUGUAGUUUACUUCACCAAAGAUUGUGAGCAAGUACACCUCUGUCUCUUUAACCAGGACACAAGUGACUCUGCAAAGUAGAUUGCAGUUUGGACAGUGUGCCUUUUUUGUACAAUUACACUCGGUUGCAUAGGUAGUAGUGGACUACAGACACACACACACAAGCAUACAGGAAGCCCUGGGUCCAACAAGAGAUUUAUUUCACACUUUAGUGUGUGGAAAAAAAAAAAUAUAUAUAUAUAUAUAUAUAAAUAUUUCAACCAUAAAAAGAAAGUUAGAUCCUUUUUUUUGUUAUCAAAGUGGAUUAAAUCAGGCUUUUUGAUUAUGAUCCUGCAAUAAGCCUGUGAUUCGACCUGGUGGUCAGUCAAACCAGCUAUCUACCUCAGAGUUUUCUUUCUCCUCUGUACUAGGUCGGGUUAGCAGGUCCAGCCCGCCCUUCCAGACCAAAUGCCACGCUCAGGAGCUGGCCACGUACAGCUAUUUCCUUAUAGGUGGUUUUUCCCCAAAGGCUUUUUUUUCUUUUUCUUUUUUAGACCUGUUUUGAAUGAUGUCUUAUUGUAAUCAUUGGGGCGGCGAGAUGUUUCUACUCAUGUUCACACACUCUGUUUUUGUGGUUUUACAAAAGAUGCUGCUUUUCAUUGCAAUAGAUUCCCGAGGUGGAUGUUUAAAAGACCAACAGCUUCAACAAAACGUUGGGGUGCUCCUCUAAACACGCGUGUUCGUUUCUGCGUCUCGCACCUAGUUUAACAAGCAGCGCAUUUCCUCUGUAGUCAGCUUGGGUGUGAAGCCGUGUAAAGGGCCACUGUGAUUAUACUUGAGAUUUCUGUAUAAUGCCUGAGACUGAGAAGUGAUACUGUCUUAUGAGGUUAAUGCUGCUAGUGGUGUCUGAACCAAGUGCCAUAGUAUCUGGGUCAAGAGUUGCAGAGGUGCACCAAUAGGAAAAGUUGCUCAUAUAAGUAUCCACCAUGUUAAACAGUCACUAAGUUAUGAGAAGAGUACUAAUUUAUGACCAUUGUUGUACAGACAGCUGGAGGAAAUACGAUUUUUCAUAAAGCUACAUGAAAGUUUUUUUGAUUUUUUUUUUUUUUAAAUCUUGUGCCACACAAUCGCUAGUGGUAACUUGUACCUAUGUACAGUUUUAAGGAAUUGUUCCUAUGUAAAUUUGUUUUGUAGUGUUUGUUUAAGCCAAAGACUUUUGUUUUGUUUGUUUGUUUGUUUUCUUUAGAAGGUCACCUAAGGUUUAUUCUUUUCAUUUCUUUGGCAUUUGUGAAUAAAGAAACUUCACAUUU